CACAGCUGCUUCCGAGCUGCAGCAAGACUUAAAGUCAUCUUGGGCGAAAACAAUGUGGAAAAAUUGAUUCUUCCAAAUGGUAUACCCCAGUCUUUAUUAGAACUUGUCAAUGUCGUAAAGAACACCUUUGGAAUCACAACAGAAAUUCGCCUGCAAUACAUGGACCAAGAUUUUGGAAAUGAGUUCUUCAAUCUAAACGCAACCUCUGAACUGCAGGAUUUGGGAACAAUCAAGGUGGUUCAACAGGAAGUUGUUCCACUCAUAAUCACACUUACUGAUGAUGUUUCAUCAGCUUGUGCCACUUUUGAUGCUGUUGAUUGCUCUUUACAGGCAUCAAACAACACAAACAUACUCCCUUCUCCUCCAAAACUGUCAUUUCGAAGCGUGCAGUGGCCGGCGGUGUUUCCUAUUCCACAAUUUUCGUAUGACACCGAGCUUGUGCUUGAAAGGGGAAAUGCUGAAUACAAAUCAUCCUCCAAAUUGGUGUAUCUCAGCACAAGAACCAAAUCUGACAUUCUGAACAAAGUAUCUGAAGAAAUCUUCAAGUACAAAGCUUAUCCAUGUGAUGAACACUUUGUUGCAGUGGCAGAAGCUUUAAUCAAAAAACAUCCGUGUUUGAAGGAACCUGGAUCCUCAAAUGGAUGGUACGGAUGGAAGCAGAGGCUCAAGUACAAAAUGGGAAAUCUUAGAACCCAGCUCAGACUGCACGGGUGCCCAGAGGUAGCUGUUAACUCCAUGAAGUCCAAAGUUACAGAAGGAUCUUCUGGCAGAAACGUAAAAAGGCCUAAAAGGGCAGAAGCUAACUUUUAUCCAUCUUUGCCAACUGGGGACACUUCCGAAUCCCUUGAACAGGAAAGACUUUCACUUCUGACUGAAGUGAAAAUAAGACACAAUGACCGGGUCAUUGCAGACAAAAUGGCACGCACUUUUGCAUACAGGCGACAAGAGGUGGUGGACGGUGAGCCAAGAAUCCAGGAUUUUAAGGGUUGAUGGCCGGCUCUUUUUGAUCAACGAGAGGUAAGAAGACAUUGUUAUUUAAUUUAAUCGUUGACAGAGGCUUUAUAUAUUAAAGCUUUUAUGUUUUUCUUGCAGAUCAAUGCAGAGUUCCAGAGGCUUGUAGCUCUUCCCCCAGAGCAGAAGUUUUUUUCCCAACUUGACAAGUACUCCACCAAAUUGAUGACCGCCAUUCGCUCAAGAGGAGGAUCAACCAGGGAGAAGAUAUCUGGGCUGACACAAAUCUUUGACCAGACCGAAGACGUCAACAAAAAAAGAGAGUGUGUCCUGAAAGCCCUCGUCCCUUUCCUUGGAGAGGAUGGAAGUGCUUUCAUCAAAGAAUACACGGACAGUCACAGAGCAGAGAUGCAAAAAGACCUGGAAGACGUCACGAUGGCUGUGUAUGUCAUCCGGUCCGAGGGAGAUGAACUUCAAGGGCCUCCUGAGGACAUUGGGAUUGUAAUCGAAGGAGUAGAGGUUCUUGAUAGACUGUCCUCAGUUGGAACAGCAUGUGCACUCCUGUUAGGUUUGAUCUACAUUCUUAAUCUGGCUUAUCCAAAGGUCCUUCGCUUCACAUUUGAGGUGUUGCAGAAAAUUAUAAUGGAGCUGGAACCUCAAAAGAUGUCUCCAAAGGUGCAGAACCUGUAUGUGAAACUGCUAAAUAUGAAUUAAUAUUGGUGGUUUGCAACCACAAGAUCAGUUUUUGCCAUUUCCUUUUCCAAAAUGUACCUGUAGCACAGGUAUGUUGUUUGUAGCUGUCUUUUUUCCCAGCAUGGUGCAGAAACUAUAAUCUAAGCCUUGAUUGUUCACUGACGGUGAAGUAAUUUGAAAAUAGAAUUUCUAGGAUUUUCCAAUUCUAAGUAAUACUUAGAUAAGUGAGGGGAAAAAACAUUCUGUAACCAGUCCAGUCAUUCUCCUGAUCUGGCAACAGACAGUUUACUUUAGUUGAGCAUAAAACAAUAAAGGUAAAGGGGAAUGAAAUGCUUUUGUUAAAAUUAAUUUAUAUUGUUUUUGGGCUAAAACGAAGCAAAUAGACUGCUGCUAAAACAGGAGAAAAACUGGGCUGUUACAGAAUGUUUUUUUUUCUCAUUUACCAAAGUUUUACUUAGGAUUGGAAAAUCCCUUUAAAGCCAAGUGUCAUCUACUCUGUUUUUUAUAUGCACUUCAGUUUAGAUUUGUUCUUUUGCUGCAUCUUGGUUUUGAUUCUGGUUCAGCCAUGGAUUUUGGAUUGCAUGUAGGUUUCAGUGAAAUGAGUUUUGCCUAUGGUUCAAAUUAAAAGGGCACCAUUGAUGGUACAUCAGCUGACUUUUUAAACCCGUGUUUAGCAAUUCUAGUUCUCGAGUGCCAGUAUACGGCAACGUUUAAUUGUGUCUCUGCUUCAACACACCUGAAUCAAAUAAUCUGGUCAUUAACAGGGCUAUGGAUUCCUGAACUGCAUACUGAGGUUUUUCAGCCAUUUUAUUCAGGUGUAUUGAAGCAAAGACAGAACUGAGAGUUGCAGUACACCCUCAGGCACUGGAAUUUCCUUGUGAUAUAGGUAUUGUUCAGUCAUUUUUGUACUGUGUUAGAUUUGUUCAGAGCCAGCUGAAAAUAACGAGCUAUUACAUUUAUCUUCCUUCAAUGGUAUUCCCCAAAAUGUUUACAAUUCAGUUUUAAUGUCUGGCUUUUUGAUGUUAUAUGCAAUUCACUAUGUGAAGUCAUUGUGUUGUUAAACUGUGAGAGCAUUUGUAUUAAAUUUUGUUACAUUUUG